GAUCACGAUUUGGGAAGGACUUAGAUAUUUGUAUUUUCGGUAAACACGAUGGGAUAUGAAUAUUUUUUUUCUUCGGGAUGUGUAUCAAGAUUAGAAAAAGGUAAGAAGUAAACGAGGCUUUAAAUAUGGCCACAAACCAAAACCAGAACGGACUUUGGCAGAAAAACGGACUUUUGACCGCGUUUGAGAGGUGGUAUUAGUAUUAUAAAUGCAUGGCACUGAAGAUAACAGAAUUACUGAUCACUCCCUUCAUUUUGUAAUCAAACUAUUGUUGCGUAAUCAAGUCUGUGGGUAAUUUCAUUCAGUUCCGAGUGUAAUAAACGCAAAUUAAAGUUUACUCAAUAAUAAUUUGGAAUAUUCGUAAUUGUUUCAUUAUGGUGUAUUAAAAUAAAGUGAGGUGUCAAUAUUAAGACCAUCGACAGAAGGAACCUGAUAUAAUAAAAUAAGCCAUUUUUGGACACGUUCGGCUGAAAGUGUCCUAAUUUUGUCAAUUCCCUUUUGACUGCUCUCCCACUUCAAUUACUAAAGUAUCCUCGUUGUGCUUUUUCUUGCCUCUAAGAAGAACGAAUACUUGUUGGUGUUGUUUUAAAGUGAUAGUGGGAAAUAUUUUUUACUUAGAAAUACGACACGCUCAGUAUCAGAGGAAAAAAAAAACCGAAUCUCAUAUCCUGUCCUAAUUAGCCCUUUUGUAACAUCUCCGAAGCACUCUGUCUUUCACAUAUACGCAAAAAUGAACAGGAAAAGAGCCCCUGGAACACAGCCCAGAAUGUCUAAAAAAGAGUGUCAAACAAUGAAAUUGAGUCAUGCGCACAACACUUGAACAAUAUUACUGCAGAUAUAGGAUGAAGAAUUUUUCUUCGUAUAGGGCAGCUGUAUCUAUGCAACUUGGAAAACAACAUUAACAAAGCUUAAUUUCUGGGAUAUUGGUGACUCUGAGUUACAGAAAAGCAUUUUUACGUGAUAUUCAUUUUAAUGAAUAUUGUGCAUUGCGAAUGAUACGCUCGCAGUAGAGAAGAGAAAUUAGUAAAUGGUGGGUUAACGAACGUUUAGCGUUCAUGAAAAAAAAAGGAACUGACUUCUCUCGGGUAUUGAUGAGUCAAAUCCCAGCCAUUGUUUCUACGAAAACAACGCAAAUCUCGGCGAGAAAAACAGUUAUCAAUACUGCGCAUAUAUCGACCACAUUGGAUUACGAGUUGCGUCACACGAGCUGCUUUCGUUGAAAACGACAUCGAAGGAAAAUGGUUUAUAAUUCCAAGUCCAGUAUAAUCUUCACGCUGUCAUUAGUGAUUUCCAUAUUAACUUGUUUCUUCUUCAGCAAAGGGAACGCUUUCAGCGUUGUUCGUUCUAUAAAGCGAAACGGUAUGGGUGACGUUGAUUCAUUUUCCAAUCCCGUCUCGACGUGCAGUCCUGUGGAAUGUUUACGUGUUAUUGGAAGUGCUGGCUGUAAACCUGGUGAUUGCUGUAUUUGUAAAUGUAGCCCCAGUUUUCCGAAUUACAUCGUCCAUAGAGGAACUUGUGUACAGACUGAAUAUGUGGACCCAGCGUGCGAGAUGACCACUGUACCAACAGACCCCCUGAUGGCUGUGAAGGACUUUAGCAGGACAGGAGUAGUUUCCUUCGACGUUGAGAUAGAUCACCCACACCUGUGUCCUGGUAUUGAACUUAAAAAGUGGUAUUAUCUACUGGACACGGCAUUAUGGAAGGAAGGACCAAGCUCAUUCUUUCGAUUAAUCUGCGACGGCAGGAGUACAAACACAUGGAACUUACAGGUAGAUAGAGAAAAUUUGAUUUCCUAACUCUUCUUAUUUAGG